AUGGGUCAUGAAUCUAACUACUCAAACGAAGUAACUGGUGACGGCGUGGAGUUGCCACUACGGAAUGUUAAUUAUGAGGCAGUUGCUGCAUCUGCAGCGCGCGUGGAUUUCGCUGUUGACGCCCGUGAACGUGAAGACAACUAG